GCGAGCGGAGUGAGUGAAGUAGAGUAAAGUAAAGUCCUGUAAGUGACGGAUUAGUCACUGAGCUGUGCUGGAGAGGACCAAGUCGGUGUGAAUCAUGAACGUUGUGACUCUACAGCUCACCGGGAGUGUUGUGGAAAUUGUGCAAGAAACGGAAAAGAGACGAUUUUAACGAAACGCUGCCGUGUUGCUUUUGCUGCCAGAUUUUCUCUUAACGAUGUAUAACAUGCUCACACGGGACUCCUGCGUUCGGACUGAGGAACUCUUACUGCCGGGGCGUGAAUGUCGGGGCGAGUUACUAAAACAGCUCUGAAGUUAGUUCGAUAAGGAGAGAAAGGAAACAUUUUACCUGAGAGUUUAAAGUCGAAGAGAAGAAGGUAUCAGGAGGAGCGGCUGAAACAUGGGGAACGCGGGGAGUAUGAACCAACAAACUGACCUGAGGGGACACAACAUGCCUUUAAAACUGCCCAUGCCAGACCCAGGAGAAUUAGAAGAACGCUUUGCUGUUGUUUUGAAUUCUAUGAAUUUACCUCCAGACAAAGCCCGGUUACUGCGGCAGUAUGACAAUGAGAAGAAAUGGGAGCUGAUUUGUGACCAGGACAGAUUCCAGGUGAAGAACCCUCCUCAUACGUAUAUCCAGAGGUUAAAGGGUUAUCUGGAUCCAGCAGUCACCAAAAAGAAAUUCCGCCGGAGGGUGCAGGAGUCCACUCAGGUCCUGAGAGAGCUGGAGAUUUCAUUAAGGACCAAUCAUAUCGGAUGGGUGCGUGAGUUUCUUAACGAGGAGAAUAAGGGCUUGGACGUGUUGGUGGAGUAUCUCUCGUUUGCACAGUAUGCCGUCACAUUCGAUGGUGACAGUGGUGAAAAUGGCACAGAUUAUGCCAUGGACAAGUCUAAAUCUUGGAGUCGCUCUAUUGAAGAUCUCCAUGGAGGGAGCAAUCUAUCAUCCCCUGUUCUUGGAAACCUCACUAGAACUGGAAGGCACUCUACAUUAAGAUGUAAUACAUUGCCCAGCAGAAGAACGUUAAAGAACUCGAGGUUACUGUGUAAAAAAGACGACGUUCACGUCUGCAUCAUGUGCCUACGAGCUAUUAUGAAUUACCAGUAUGGCUUCAACAUGGUCAUGUCCCACCCACACGCUGUGAAUGAAAUUGCACUAAGUCUGAACAACAAGAAUCCCAGGACCAAAGCUCUUGUGCUGGAGCUGCUGGCUGCUGUGUGUCUGGUCAGAGGGGGUCAUGAGAUCAUCCUCUCAGCUUUUGAUCACUUCAAAGAGGUUUGUUCAGAGAAUCAGAGGUUUGAGAGGCUAAUGGAGCACUUCAAGAAUGAGGACAAUAACAUUGACUUUAUGGUGGCCUGUAUGCAGUUUAUCAACAUUGUGGUCCAUUCAGUAGAAGACAUGAACUUCAGAGUGCACCUACAGUAUGACUUCACUAAGCUCUGUCUUGAUGAGUACCUGGAUAAGCUGAAGCACACUGAGAGUGAUAAGUUGCAAGUGCAGAUCCAGGCAUAUCUGGAUAACGUGUUUGAUGUGGGAGCUCUGCUGGAGGAUGCCGAGACGAAGAAUGCGGCACUGGAGCGAGUGGAGGAACUGGAAGAAAGCAUAUCUCAUAUGACAGAGAGGUUACAAGACACAGAAAAUGAAGCUAUGGCAAAAAUAGUGGAACUGGAAAAACACCUGAUGCACAAGAACAAGGAACUGGAAUCUAUACGGGACGUGUACAAGGAUGCCAGCUCACAGGUGCACACACUGAGGAGGAUAGUAAAAGAGAAGGAUGAGGCCAUUCAGCGGCAGUGCAAUCUGGAGAAGAAGAUUCAUGAACUGGAAAAGCAGGGAACCAUUAAGAUCCAGAAAAAAGGAGACAGGGAUAUCUCCAUCCUGACCCCUGCUCCAUCCACUAACGGCCUGCUGGCGGGCAGCGAAUGUGUGAUGGGGGUGCCUGGGGGCGGCAUACCUGCUACUGUGGGACCAAUUACUGGUGUAGAAACUGGCAUAACCAUGCCACCACCUCCACCCCCACCCCCACCACCACCUAUGCCUGCAGCUAUCCCGAAUGGUCCAUCAGCUGUUCCUGCACCACCACCUCCCCCACCUCCUCCACCACCUCCGCCUCUGCCCGGCCUAGGAGAAGAAAAAUUUUUCAGCUUGCCCCCACCUCCUCCACCCAUGGCACCUCCUCUGCCAGGCUGUGGAUCUCCCACCGUCAUUUUCAACUCAGGUCUUGCAGCUGUGAAAAUUAAGAAGCCGAUCAAAACAAAGUUCCGCAUGCCAGUGUUUAACUGGGUGGCACUGAAGCCCAAUCAAAUCAACGGCACCGUCUUCAACGAGAUCGAUGACGAGAGGAUACUGGAGGAUCUAAAUGUGGAUGAGUUUGAAGAGAUCUUUAAGACUAGAGCUCAGGGUCCUGCUAUCGAUGUCACCUCCAGCAAGCAAAAGACCACUCAAAAAGUCCCAAACAAAGUAUCACUACUGGAUGCUAACAGGUCCAAAAAUCUGGCCAUAACACUCCGAAAAGUGGGCAAGACUCCAGAGGAGAUCUGCAAAGCCAUUCAGAUGUUUGACCUGCGAAUGUUGCCGGUGGAUUUUGUAGAGUGCCUGCUGCGCUUUAUCCCCACUGAGCCUGAAGUGAAAGUGUUACGGCAGUAUGAGAAAGAGAGAAAGCCACUGGAAAACCUCACGGAUGAGGAUCGCUUCAUGAUACAGUUUAGCAAGAUUGAGCGCCUCAUGCAGAAGAUGACCAUCAUGGCUUUCGUGGACAACUUUAGCGAGAGUGUGCAAAUGCUCACACCGCAACUGCAUGCCAUUAUUGCUGCAUCUGUAUCCAUCAAGUCUUCACAGAAGCUUAAGAAAAUUCUGGAGAUCAUUCUGGCUCUUGGGAACUACAUGAACAGCAGUAAACGAGGGGCAGUAUAUGGCUUCAAACUUCAAAGUUUAGACUUGUUAAUAGACACAAAAUCAACAGACAGGAAGUUAACGCUGUUGCACUACAUUGCAAAUGUGGUAAAAGAGAAGUACCAGCAGGUGGCACUGUUCUAUAACGAGUUAAACUAUGUGGAGAAAGCUGCAGCAGUCUCUUUAGAGAAUGUGUUGCUGGAUGUGAAGGAGCUUCAUAGAGGCAUGGAGCUGACCAGGAGAGAGUACAGCAUGCAUGGACACAACACGCUGCUUAAAGACUUCAUACACGUCAAUGAGAGCAAGCUCAAAAAAUUACAGGAUGAUGCCAAGAUUGCACAGGAUGCCUUUGAUGAGGCGGUGAAGUUUUUUGGGGAGAGCUCUAAAACCAUGCCUCCGUCAGUCUUCUUCCCUGUGUUUGUGCGCUUCGUGAAGGCAUACAGGCAAGCAGAGGAGGAAAAUGAGCAAAGAAAAAGGCAUGAGCAGAUGAUGAUGGAGAAGUUGCUAGAACAGGAGGCCAUGGAGCAAGAGAAUCAGAAGUCUCCUUCUCAUAAGAACAAGCGGCAGCAGCAGGAGCUCAUAGCUGAGUUGAGGAAAAAGCAGGUGAAGGACAGUCGGCAUGUUUACGAGGGAAAGGACGGGACGAUUGAGGACAUUAUUACAGAUCUGAGAAACCAGCCGUACAGGCGAGCUGACGCGGUGAGGAGGAGUGUCCGGAGACGCUUUGAUGAUCAGAGCUUACGGUCAAUCAGCAGUGCAGAGAUGGUCAUGUGAUAAAGAAAGAGUGAUCGUGAUUGGUUAAGGUGGGAGCGAUUGAGAGGUUUACAGCCUCUAGAAAUGGACUUAUGAAGGAUGGGAGGACUGAGAAAGUUGCUCUGAAAGGUCAAAAGCUCAAGCUUUUACCAGCCAAGUGCCUAAUUUUAAUGUGUGAUUGGAUAUUGUGUUUUGUUUCGUUGUUUUUUUUCUGUUACUUUUGUUAUAUAUUGUUUUGUAAAAAAAAAAAAACUGCUUCUUUGCGUGUGAAACUGGAUAUGGUAGUUGUAUUUCCACCUGUAUUCUGGUUGGAAAUGGUAAUGUUUAGUCCCUGUUUAAGACAUACUAAUCAAUCAUGACUUCCUACAUUCCAGUGAUACACAAUGUGGUUGAAAAGCACUUUAUCCCAUAUGUGAAUAAGGGCUAAGUGUAAGACUGAUUACAGGCAUGUGGGUUUGAUGGUCUUCUAAAAACGACACACUGUCUUUUUAUACAGGAAUGUUCCAAGGUUGAAAAUAAUGCGUGUAGUGAGGUAUGAAAAGAAAUGAGGUAACAUAGAUGGUUUCAGGAUAAUGUGAAAUGUUUACGUUUAGCAUUAAAGUCUUACACUUCUGAUGUCAGACGUCAGAACCAAGCAGCUUAUACAAAAAGCAUAAAAGCAUAAUAGUCCAAGGGCAUGAAGUGCAUCUUCUUAAAAAGUUCUACCCAGAUAUUGCUCAGUGGUCUAAGUUCUGCACUUGUACAGAAAGCAUAUUCAUCAAUGGCCAGAGUCCAAGAGAGCCAAACCGGCCCUGAUUUCUGGGUAAAAUUACAUGUACUGCAGUUCUAAAAUCAGUUCUGAAACAGAAAACAUUGAAAUGGGCAUAAAUUGAACAUUAAUAAAACAGUCAGGAAGGAAAUACAAACCAAAGAUCAUAAAACAAUGGAAGCAAUUCUUCCACGACACCUAAUUCAGAUAUUAUAGAGAAUUUGUAGCAGCACAUGCAGCUCACUUAAGUACACAUUUCAAGUUUCAUGUUUUAACCUCUUUGGUUACAUUUAUGACCGACACGGUUAGUUACUCGUUACACAAAAUUCAUCAAUUUACAAGUUUAAUAUCAAACACAAUCAUGAACAAUUGUGUAUUUUCAAUUCACCUCACUUGCAUGUUUUUGGACUGUGGGAAGAAACCGGAGCACCCGGAGGAAACCCAUGUGGAUACAGGGAGAACACAUUUCAAGUGUAGUAUUCAACCACCAUUUUUUCCAACUGACUCAGAGUCCACUAAUCUAAUGCCACUUUUUUCUUUUUGAAUUUUAGCAAAAUAAAAAAAAGUAAUUGUACAGAUAUUUUGCUACAACUUUUUUCAUUGUUACUUUUUAACCUCUUAGCUUAAGGUUAAUACUGUACAUAUUGUUUAAACAGCUUAAAUGAACGGCAUCAUUCUGUGCUCCUCCAUUUAACGUUAUUUUAACUUAUAGUUUUUCAUAUGUAUAUUAAAUUAAACUGAAACAUGAGUUUAUUGUAUCUCUAAUAAACCAAGUAGCAGAGGGCUCCGAUUUUACGCUUGCCUGGCAGUAUUAAGGCAUUAGAAUGACUGACACAAGUCCACUUAAUGCAUAACUACAUAAUACGUGGCAUUCUCAUGUCUAUGCAUUACAUAUCAUUUAUAGACUUUGAUUUAAACUGGCAUGUUGUUCUUUCGUUUUUUAAUCAGUAAUGUAAUUUCAGGCAUUGUAUGCUAACUGCAGAAAUUUUGCUUUGAACUAACUGUGUUAGAUCAGGUUUUUCAAUGCCAAUGAUUCA